CAUUAUGCGCGGGAGACGUUAAACGAGUCACGUGAUUGGACAACCGUCGCGUCUGUCAAGAAAGAGCGCGCGCGCUCUGCCAUAUUUUAAACGUGUCGCGAGGUCAAGGCAAGGCGAUGGCUGCGAGAAUGCCACGGCGUCUGCCAUUGGCUCGCUGUCGGGCGCCGUAACGCCCUCUUCGCUGAUUGGCUGGGCGCCGCGCUCGGGCGCGAUUUCCAACGCGGGAAACUACCGAGUGAGUUCGGCUCACUGUUGCAGCUCCUGGCAGAGAGAUCGCUGGAUAACAACGGAAUCAAAGAUAACAUUGGGAAUGACAGACUCUAUAACACAGCGACCAGCGGCGGCACGUUAUUCCUCUAACUGCACUUAGAUUUGUUUGUUUUUAACUUAACGGUUUUACGCUCCAUUUUAACUGAACGUUAUUUGCGAUGGCUGACAGCAAGCAUCAAGUGAUAUUUCGUAACGACUCGCCGAAAAGAGUCCUGGUGUCCGUGAUCAAGACGACUCCCAUCAAACCGAAAGCGGCGGACUCUCUGAUGCCCACCAGCCCCGGAUUCAGCGACUUCAUGGUGUAUCCGUGGCGCUGGGGUGAAAACGCGCACAAUGUGACUCUGAGCCCCGGAUCUGGCAGCGGAACCGCCUCGCCGACCCGAAACAGCGGCUCUCCCGCCGAAUCAGAUGUCAACUCCUGCCCGGAACACCUCAAGGACGGCAUUCGGCGCGGACGCCCGCGUGCAGAAACCGUCCGAGAGCUGAUCAACGAGGGCGAGAACUCCACCAGCCGCAUCCGCUGCAACAUCUGCAACCGCGUCUUUCCCCGCGAGAAAUCGCUACAGGCGCACAAACGCACGCACACGGGUGAAAGACCGUACCUGUGUGAUUAUCCGGACUGCGGGAAAGCGUUCGUCCAGAGCGGACAGCUGAAGACCCAUCAGCGCCUCCACACCGGAGAAAAACCCUUCGUCUGUUCGGAGAAAGGUUGCGGUAGCCGAUUCACUCACGCUAACCGCCACUGUCCCAAACACCCGUACGCGCGGCUGAAGCGCGAGGAGCCCGCGGGCGGCCCCGGGACAUCACAGGGGGCCGACAACAAGGCUGUGGCCGAAUGGCUGGCAAAAUACUGGCAGAUGAGGGAGCAGCGGACACCCGCGCCGACUAAAGCAAAGACUCUGAGUAAGACCACUAUAGAGGACCAGGAGCAGCAGGACCCUCUGGACUUCCUGCCGUCUGAUGAAGGUGAAGAAGAGGAGCAGGACGAAGAGAAGAGCGGCGGCGGUAUGGCGCGGAGGCGUCUCCAGGAGCAGCGCGAGCGUCUUCACGGCGCACUAGCGCUCAUCGAGCUGGCUAACAAUCUCUCCGCCUGAAUAACACCAGCGUUUGACAAGGAGAUUUAGAGCAGGUCUGGAUGAUCAGCAACUUUCCUCGCCUUCGAGAGCCUUUCCGAGGUUCAUAUAAGCUACAAGCACCUUAUUUUGCUUUCUGUUGUACUUUUAGGCUGCUAUGAUGGUAGUGAUAUCAUUAUAUGAAGAAUGUCGUCGUUUUCUCAACUUGUUAAGGAGAUGAUGAGAUGUCUCGUGUUUGUUUCGUUGUGCACUUUGUGGAAACGAGCGUUUGUUUCUUUGGGGUUUGUGUACGUGAUGUUAUUUUGGAUUUUGGUGUGAGUG